AUGCCGAAUCAAAACACCGCAGCGUAUAUCAUCAUUAUUUCCGACUCUCACAAGCACAGUCGUCAUCGAUAUCAUCAAUCCGAGCAACGACAUCAUCGUGGGAAGAAUUUCCUGAAAAACACUAGCAGCACCGCCACCGUCGUAUCAUCGUCGUUGUCGCUGCCACCGCCAUUGCCGCCAACGUCGACGUCGACGACUCCACCUCCGACGCGAUCGCCAUUCACUAAAGCGUUCAUUGCGUUCAAAUAUGAUUUAUUUAUAUUCCCAUAUAUAUUUCACAUAAUCUAUCUAUCUAUCUAUCUAUCUAUCUAUCUAUCUAUCUAUCUAUCUAUCUAUCUAUUACAGUUCUCUUCAUAUCUAUCUAUCUAUCUAUCUAUCUAUCUAUCUAUCUAUCUAUCUAUCUAUCUAUCUGUCAUUUCCCAUUUGCUUUAUCUAUCAUCAGCAUGUAUGCAUAUGUUUCUACGUAAACGUGGUUUCAAUCAAAUCAAUCCAAUCAAUCUAUCUAUCUUCAUCUAUCUAUCUAUCUAUCUAUCUAUCUAUCUAUCUAUCUAUCUAUCUAUCAUCUAUCUAUUACAUCUCUUCAUAUCAUAUUCAUCUAUCUAUUCAUUCAUUCUAUCUAUCUAUCUAUCUAUCUGUCUGUCUGUCUGUCAUUUCAUUUGCUUUAUCUAUCAUCAGCAUGUAUGCAUAUGUUUCUACGUAAACGUGGUUUCCUCAAUUCAAUGCAAUCCAAUCUAUCUAUCUAUCUAUCUAUCUAUCUAUCUAUCUAUCUAUCUAUCUAUCUAUCUAUCUGUAUAUAUGUAUGUACACACAUGCCUGCUAGCGUGUGUGCAUGUACCAUAG